CCCAGCUGUCACGUUGUUGGCGCCCCGUCGUCCGUUUCUCGAGUUCGUGGCCCGACGCACGUGCAAGAUCCUACCAUCGGAUUAUAAACCCUGGGCUCGAUUAUAUCCCUUCGCGAUAACGCUUUAGAAUCGGGGAGAGAGGGAACGCCCAUCUCGACCAAGGCUAACGCGAGGAAACAUAGCUAUCAGUGAUGUGCUAGGCCUAGGUGAAGGUUUGUUUGUUGUUGCCGUGACAAUGAUGGGCAAAGUUUGACGAAGGAAAUUACAGUCGCGGAGUGGAAGUGAGUCUCGUUGAGUGCAAGUGACAGUCGAAUGUGUGCUCCGGCUUCCUCUCUCGGAGUAAUCGGUCACCGGAAGUUGGAAGAGUGAUACGGUUGACGUUGAUCGCUGCAUCCUUGCUAGCCUUUCGAUAUCGAAGACCGGGACUCGUCGACUAAAAUAGUGCAGCGUCUGUCUCGUUGGAAAGUCUCGAUCGAGCUGUAACGUAUCGUUGCGUGUCGUUGCUCCGACUUAUCUGCGCGCCGAGAUAAGUUUGCGGAUUACGUCGUCGCGCUUAAUCUCAAUCGGGCCGCGUUUGACGAGCGCGUUUCUCUCCUCGCGCUCCUCCACCUCGUUUCGCUCGGGAGCGAAGAGAGACGCGCGACGAGCUCUCGCGAAACGAUGGUAAAUCGAGGCGAUCGAAUCGAAGCGGUCGAUUCUAUCGAUCGCCCGGAAAUCGCGGCCGAUUAUCAAUCAAAUUGAAUCCUCGAGCUGGACGUUCCAUCGGAUAUUCGUCGGCGAAUCGGAGCUCGCGUCGUUCUUGACGCGGGAUCAUGUUCGAUUGAAUUGAAGAGAAAAAAAUUUCGACGAUCAACAAAAACGAGCGAUAACGAGACGACGCGCAAAAAGAAGUCGUCGGUGGAAAGAAGAUCCCGGCGCUCUCGGUCUCGACGAGCCACGUCGGUCAAUAAGUCAACGACGAACAUCGGCAGCUGCUGUUUGAACGAGUUUCGGCUUUCCUUUUUGAAGCCGAAACUGAAAAAACUCGCAGCGGUUUCCAACGAGAGUCAGCCUGGCGAUUUGUAAACACAAUUGCAAAAGACAACGGGAUGUGCGCGAGAGAGAUAUGACGAACGACGAAAAUUGAUAGUGAGAGGAAGCAGCUCGGAAGAGAAGCUAAGAUGAUGAUGCCACCGCCGCAGGUCGUGGGUGUCCUGUUGAAGAAACCGGGGCAGCAAACGCAUCCGCGAUUACCUCCCUUGGAUCAACAGGAGACUAAAAUUAAAGGCGAACUGUACGUGGAAGAAUUGAACGAUAGGAAGACGGUUUCCAUCAGGAUGGGUUGGCUAUGGGUCGAAGGUACCACUAUGAGCUUACCGCUGAGAGCAUUGAAUCUUCGUCAAGCACCGUCCAGUAUCUGUCAGCCGCACACGUUUGCUCUAGGUUUCACCCUCAGCGAUUCGGAGGGUCAUUCUCUCGCUACAUUUUGGGCGGACACGGAACCGAUCUAUUGGUCCUGGGUCAGAGCAAUCGCGGCCGAACUGGUUCGGCAAACGCCGUUCCGCGCGCAACGGUGUUUGAACUUUCUGGAGAUACUAACCAUCUGCCCGAGAGGCCCGAUUCCGUUACCCGAUAGUCCAACGGAAACUAGGAGACGAUCCCGCAGCGAAUUACGUUGUUGGCCGAGCGACUCGCCGGUGGAGAAGACGACGAUGGACGCGACGACGAUAGUUAUCGACGAGUCCAGGAGGAGAGCGAGGAGCGAGUUGCGCGGUUGGUCCAGCAGCAACUCGAGCGACGAGGACCUCCUGGGAGAAUUUCGGAGCAUACCCGCUGUGAUAAGCGCCAAGGACCAACCGGUCGGCAGAGCGUGGGGUUGCAGCGAGAGCAGCGAGGGUAGCGACGACAGUCUCCCUUGGGGCGGCGUAUGCCGGUCCAGCGUGGACUCUGUCGAUUCUAGAAGCGUUCCCUUGCCGGAACCGGAAACGAGGGAGCAGAGGAUACAGAGAUACAAGGAGACGCGCAGACGCGAAAACGAGGCGAGAAGCCGAAGGGUUCUCGAAGAGGAUGCGAGGCGACGUAGAGCGAGGGCCGAGGAGAACAACAACAACCUGCCCAAAAUCUUUGGUAGAUCGAAGAGCAGGAUUGCCGUUGACUCCGCCAACGACAAUGACGACGUGCAUCCGACACGCUUGCCCAAGAAGGAAAUCCUCGCAUCUAUCGACACGACAACGCGAAACGAAAAUUCGAUCGUCGACCGAUUGCCUCCGCUCAAGUCGAGCGAGUCUUCCACGGUGAGGUUUUCUACCGAGGAGACUAAUGGAAACCAGGCGGACAAGCGAAACAACAACAGCUCGAAGAACGGAAGCGGCAAUAAUCCUGGGAUACUCCGAUCCGACUUGAACGAGAGGAGAAGCCGUGCGCGAGAGAGAAGGAUCUUUCGCGAAAAGGCGCAACAAUCGACCGGCAUCAUCAUCGCGAACGUGGAGACUCUUCGGGAACGCAAAGAGCGGCUGGCUCUUAUGUCUUCCAAAAUUCCCAUUUCUCGUCAAUCGUCGCAAUUCUCCUCGAGGUCUGUCGAUCGUCCGACGAUCGUCUCCCCGAAAUCACCGAGCUCUCCGUCGACUCUGACGCAGCCAUCCUGCGAGGAGGAUGUCGCCAAGCUCCUGGAACGAUGCCAAAGGGUGGACCACUACGUGCCAGUGCGGGAAAAGCUCAAUUUAUUCGAGUCCCUCUCGCGAUUAGGCGGUCGCCUGGCUAGAAGCACGGAGGAUCUCGGUCGAACAUCUUCGAAACCUAGUCCCAGGGGAAAGCAACGCGCUCGAUCGCUUCACGAUCUCAAUCGGGGCGCCAGAACCCUGCCCGUGCGAGAGAUGUGUCGGUUUUUCGAGGGCGAUCUUUUAGAGCAAGACGACUGUCCGAAGACGACGAUCCUCGCCAAAACGAGAUUCAGCGAUCCACCCGCCAAGAGCAUCACGUGGAAAGAUCCGAGUUCGAGGCACGAACCUCCCUGCAUCAGCGCUUCCGCGAGGAAGAAGCAUUACUUGAAGUGAUCGCGAUUAGUAAAUAUCGUUCUUCCAGACACUCGAUUAGGCAGUCGGGAAUGAAGAGUUUCUUCGAGUUACAAUAGGUCUCUCAACAAUUAUUCAUCAUCUUUUUCCCCGCGAAAAUAUACGUAAAUUAUCACAACUGGCGAGAAAAUAUUCGCCGACCGAGCGAUUCAUGGUAAUUUUCUGAAACGCCAUUUUCUAAAAAACGCUUCUAAGAGUCUUGCUCGUCGUGACUGAUCGAAAAAGUUUCUUUUCUACCGCGUCAAGGUAAGCGAAUUUCUCGAAUAAUUCUCGAGAACUCUACAGUCGCACGAUGACAAGUCGGUUUUUCGCAGGAUUCCCGGUAUGCGAAACUAACUCGAUUGAACCGCGCUUAUCAGGCCUUCAGAUUAGAAUCGAUCGACUCGAUCGAAUCGUGUCGCGGGCGACGAUUGUCACACUUGCGCCGAGAGAAAGUCGCCGCGUGCGCGAGAGCCUUUUUCCACGCUCGAGGCCCCGAACUGUGCUCGAUUCUCUCGAUUACUGGUUGUCGCCAUUUGAAUGAGGGAAGAAAAGAGGUGUCGUAUGCGAGCGUCUUACGAAAGUAAGAAUGGAGGAAACUGGCGAAUCCGGCCGCGCGGCAAAAAUAUUUUCCCAUCUUGAAAUUAGGUUUCGCUUCUCCAUCCGCGAAUAAUCGUUUCGGCUCGUAGACAAUCGCGUUUGUCCGUAUUUCAAAAUACAAAGUCGGCAUGUUACAUCUAUCACACGAUCGUGCGUAUCAGUGAGAUUGAGCGUAGCCGAUCGUGACAUGAAGGAAAUGAGGGAAAAGAGAGAGAGAGAGAGAAAGGGAGAGAGAAGGGGAAUCGGAGAAACCGGUAAUUUACGUUCACCGAGUGAUUGCCGCAACGUUGAACACCUGUAUGUAUACAAACUGUAUGUGAGCUGUUCGUCGAGCUCAUUUCUCGAUUAGCCUGAAUUCGAUCGUCCGGAUAUUAAUCAGGUAACACACAGCUCGAUCGUUAAGUAUCUAAAGAGAUAAACGAUAAGCAUAUCGCGCGAAUGCUUGCAACGUUUUCCCGAUUAUUAUAAUUACAAGUGAAAUUUGUAUAUAAUUGAUUAAUCCCAUUUUGUACCUGAAAUUGUUCUACGACUUCUUUCUCUUAGGAUAUAUUAUAGUUUAAUUUUUGUUACAUGUUUAUCGUUGCGAUUGU